AGCGUAAAACCCAGACUCAUCAUAUUUGCGCCCUCGCGUUUCGUCGAUGAUGCACUAUUCCAUGCCCCCCUCUCGACUCCCCCCCACACUUCGAGGCAUGUCAUCCCCACGCCGCUCCUGCUUCCUCACAUGAAUGUACCGCGCCGUCGUCUCUUCCCAGCUGAACGCGCUGCUCCAUCGCACUGACCCGAGGGGGAAAGGGGGUGUGUGGGGGGGGGUUCUGUCCCGGCACCGGCGCACUGACCCGACGGAGGGGCGGUGGGGGUGUCUGUACCGGCUCCGGUGCAGCGCCGCCCGGCAGCUGUGCCCUCUGCUCCCGAAGGCAGCCCCCGUCAUGACCUCCCCUUUCCGGCCUUUCCGCCGAUAUUCGCUAAAUGGGAUUGGUGGCUGUCUGCAGGGUUUCCGCAGCAACUGGCCAUCCGCUUCCAUCGUUUCUCAAAUGAGGGCAGCCGUCGGGAUUUAACACAGUUCCACGCUGCGCGUCUUUCAUUUCGUCUUCUUUUUUUUUUUUUUUUUUUAAGGGUUGGGGAGGGGACUGAAUCUUCACACGCGUCAAAGGUCUGCAUAUGGGGGCGGGCAAGAGCAAGCCCAAGGAGCCGGGCCAGCGCUCCAUGAGCCUGGACGGCACCAUCGGCACCGGCUCCGACAGCGGCCACUUCCACCACCUGGGACCGGCCCAGCAGACUCAAACCCCCAACCGGAGCCCCGCCGUCGGGACGGGCCGGCGCGGCCACGGCCACCAAGGGCAGCACCAGCUCGCUCCGACAAACACUCCCGUGCUGGCUCUGUUCGGAGGGGUGGACCACACGGGCACCGUCACCUCGCCACACAGAGGAGGUGUCACUACAUUUGUGGCGUUGUAUGACUAUGAGUCACGGACGGCGUCUGAUCUGACCUUUAGGAAAGGGGACAGGCUGCAGAUUGUCAACCACACAGAAGGGGACUGGUGGCUCGCCCGCUCCCUGACGACCGGAGAGAGCGGUUAUAUCCCCAGCAACUACGUGGCUCCGUCCGACUCCAUCCAAGCUGAAGAGUGGUAUUUUGGGAAGAUAACGCGGCGCGACUCCGAGAGGCUCCUUCUGAACCUGCAGAACAGACGAGGAACCUUCUUGGUGAGGGAGAGCGAGACCACUAAAGGGGCGUACUGCCUGUCCGUGCUCGACUAUGACAACACCAAAGGCCUGAAUGUUAAACAUUACAAAAUCAGGAAACUGGACAGCGGCGGUUUCUACAUCACCUCCCGCACCCAGUUCAGCAGCCUGCAGCAGCUCGUCUUUCACUACCGCAGUGAGUCCACGCACCGCCUCUCUGACCGGAGACCUUUUUUCACUGCUCACCCUCACCCUCCCUUCUCCUCCCACCCCCCCGACUCAGAGCACUCGGAUGGGCUGUGCCACGCUCUGUCGGACGUGUGUCCGGUGGCCAAACCUCAGACCCAGGGACUGGCCCGGGACGCCUGGGAGAUCCCCCGAGAGUCCCUCCGCCUCGACCUUAAACUGGGACAGGGCUGCUUUGGAGAGGUCUGGAUGGGCACGUGGAACGGGACCACGCGGGUUGCCAUUAAGACCCUGAAGCCCGGCACCAUGUCUCCAGAGGCCUUUCUGCAGGAAGCUCAGGUUAUGAAGAAGCUCCGGCAUGAGAAGCUGGUCCAGCUGUACGCUGUGGUCUCUGAAGAGCCCAUCUACAUUGUGACAGAGUACAUGAGCCAAGGCAGCUUACUGGACUUCCUGAAAGGAGACUCAGGAAAGAUGCUUCGUCUGCCUCAGCUCGUAGACAUGUCUUCUCAGAUUGCAGCCGGCAUGGCCUACGUGGAGCGGAUGAACUACGUCCACAGAGACCUGCGCUCCGCCAACAUCCUGGUGGGAGACAGCCUGGUGUGUAAAGUAGCGGACUUUGGUCUGGCGAGACUUAUCGAAGACAACGAGUACACCGCAAGACAGGGCGCCAAGUUCCCGAUCAAAUGGACGGCACCAGAGGCGGCUCUGUACGGCCGUUUCACCAUCAAGUCGGACGUGUGGUCCUUCGGGGUGCUGCUCACAGAGCUGGCGACUAAAGGCAGGGUCCCCUAUCCAGGUAUGGUGAACCGCGAGGUGCUGGACCAGGUGGAGCGCGGCUACAGGAUGCCCUGCCCGGCGGAGUGCCCCGGCUCUCUGCACGAGCUCAUGCUCUCCUGCUGGAGGAAGGACCCAGAAGAGCGGCCUACGUUUGAGUACCUGCAGGGCUUCCUAGAGGACUACUUCACCUCCACAGAACCCCAGUAUCAGCCCGGGGAGAACCUAUAGAACCGCACACUGAACCGAACCGGGGGGGGGGGCACAGAAACCACCUGCACUAACCGACCUCAGAGGAGCACCUGUGAAACUCAACUGGGAGAAACUUGAGAUUCUUCUGUGUAAAGGAAAGAAAAAAAAAGGAGACAGAAAACCUGCAGAAGUCCCAUUGUGUGCCAUAAAGAAACUGGACCUCCCUUCUGCGAGCACUCGCAAGGGUUUCCUGCUGAAGUGAGGUGCAAGCUGUGAAGGAGAUCUCCUCGGGGACUCUGGCUCUGAUUUGAUGUGUUUUUUUUAGAGGUGCGACCGAUGUGGGAGGAACCGAAUCACGACCUACAGACGGAGCGACGGGGGGCUGGAAGAACCAACAGUUAGCCACAGAGGGAAGGUCAAGGGAGGAUUAUUUCGGGCAUCAGCUGUCUCACAUGAGCUCCCUCUCCCCCUCUUCUGUCUCGUCUCUUCAGCCUCGCCUGGUACAUUAUUCCGCCCACAGAGGAGCGAUGUCACCGUGGCUCAGGUGCCAAAGGAAAGUCCGUCUCUCUUGACGUCCUUUUUAUCUCCCCAUUUCUGUCUGUGCUUCUCUCAAGUGCUGCUUCUUCAAAGUGUCUCCAAAUAGCUCAGCGCUGGAACUCUACUUUGCAUCUUUUAUUCAUGUUUACUUGGACAAUAUGCGUCCUGUGGUUUUAAGGUUUUGUUCGGCGGCAGACGAAUUUCUCUCUUAAUUAUUUUCCGGUAGGGUCAAAAGGUUUUCAUGGUGGUGCCAUUGCACAUGCGCUCAACAGGCAGGUUCUGGAAGACUGGAAGUUCGGUCAGUUGAGAUCUAAUCGAGCCCCCCACGACUCUUUUUCCAGCUGUGUUUCACGCUGAACGGCCACAGCGGCCAGCCGGAUCCAAUCACGACCAUUAAAAAUGAUUUUUGGCGACGGUAGUGUUUCAAACCUUGUUUUUGUUUUUAAACUGGAGUGAGUUGCAUUGACAAUAAUCCCCCGUAAUGGGGGCGCUAGAGAGCAGUCGCAAUGGUGUAAAGCCCGUUCCCUCUGACGCAUAAAUGGGGCAACGUUCAUCAAACAUGUAAGUGACCUACUAAAAAGCUGACAUGGCAACCGAUGUUACUGAUUAAUAUUCAACUCAGCCCAAGCUGCGAGACACUGAGUGUAAAAGUGUGCCAAACAAAUCACGUUUCUUUACUGCCAUCCAUGUAUAUAAUGUUUUAUCAAGCGGCUAACGCAGGGGGGGGGUCACUCUGCACUAUUUCCCUAGUAAACGUCAUGUUAAAACCUGUCGAGGAUUCAAACCGUUUUCAUUCACAGCAGCUACGUCCUUUUACAAAAAAAAAAAAAAACACUUUGAUCGGGCAACUUUUAAUAAGUUUUAAAACCAGUUCGCAUGCUUUUGUGCCGUCCUUCUCUUGACCAUCGGCUGGGUUUAUAUUUAUGCUGUACUGUACAUCAACAUGUGUAUGUUUACUUACGGUUCAGGUGAGGUGACGGGAUCAUAAACUGACUUUUUGCCAUCAUUAAUUUGUAUGUUUCUUACGCACGGCUGCCACUUCUCACCUACAUUCUGUACAUAUGUAGCUCUUAGGGUUGGACUUCAUAUAAGCCACUUUCCGAUGGUGGGUAUUUAGGUUGGGUGUCACACUUCACAGGGGUUUAGUUUAUGACUUAACUGAAGCAGAAACGGUAGAUAUAAAGUAAUAGAUUUUUGCCAACAAACGUGAUGAAACAAGUUAUCAAAACAUGAGCCAUGCAGCAAUAAGAGAUGGUCCGUGCCCCCUAAAACUAUCAAAUUAUUAUUCGCCUAUUAUGAAUCGCGACGGCUAAUUUAAUCAAUGAUGUGGACAAUUCUGACUUUAAAAAAGGGAGUUUGGGUUGUGAUAUGACACGAACAAUGAGGUCAAAGAUGUAAAUAGUAUCUUAAACAAAUGACUGUGACUAUCAUGUAAUUUGUUUUUCUAUAUUUUUUCUUGCACCUCCACGUUGAGGCUUUUACAGUGACGCAUGUUUUAAUAAUAACAUGCUACUGUUAAUGGGGCUGAAGGAAUGUUUUUUUUUUUUUCUUUUUUAAAUAUUUGAUUCAUCAUUUCUGCUAAAUAGAAUUUGAAUUUAAGCUUGACGUGUUUUUAUUUAUAUGUGAAAACCAGUGCUUUCCUCUUUUAAGAAUUGGAAAUCCCCAGUUUUCCUCUGACGCACUGAACCGCCUGUAAGUCACUGAGACCAUGUGACCAAGUGUGACUAACAUGAGUAACACGCAAGGUCGGAUUGGGUUUUCUGUGCCAUAUUAAAAAAGUGUCUUUUUAAAAUGUUUUUCUUUUGUUUUAUGAAUCUAUGCAGUUUCGGUCUGGCAUUCCUGCAACUACGUGGUUAUUUUGUGUAAAACAAGGAUCAUGAACAAGGUUUGAGCAUUUUGUUAGGACUUCUUUUUGUCUUUUGUUUCUGAUGUAACAGGAUUGAAAUGGGUAUCGUGCCACAUUAUGUUGAUCUGUAAAUGUGCAAUAAAUUAUAUUUCAAAUGUG